AUGACUAACCAAGAGCGUUACCCGUACGGAAUGCCCCAAACUCAACCGGAACCCGUGAUACAGCAGGUCCAGCCGAAUACUGACCAAACCCAACCAAAUUUACAAGACGACCUCCGCGCGUUGCGGGAAGAAAUGGCCACCAUACGCAGGCAAAGAGAAGCCGACGCCCGGGAGCUAGCCGAGUUACGGCGGCAGAAUGCCGAACUCCGGAACCUGAACCAAACUUGUGUGCCGUCCACCCCCACAGCCGUGGAAGAAUCUGCCUAUCACGCCCCGACUGAGCCGGUAACUCGAACGCCGAGCACCUCAUUGAUAGCCAACAGGGCCGAAACCACCGUCCAUUCCCUAAGACAUCCCUUUUCACGGAGAAUAAUGGAAACAACCCUCAUGGAUCAUUGGAAAAACCUCCCAAUUGAGAAAUAUGACGGAACUUCCGACCCCGACGAACACCUAAAUGUUUUCCUGACGCAGGCAACUCUCUCCACCCAAGACGACUCGGCCCUGUGCCGAAUAUUUCCCACCUCACUGAAAGGAAGAGCUCUAAACUGGUUCACCAGGUUGCCGAACUCUUCCAUCGACUCGUUUGGCGAGUUGUCAUCCCAGUUCACUUUGCAAUUUGCGACGAGCAAGCCGUACAGGACGACCUCGUUGGCUUUAGCGGGAGUGCGUCAGGAGAAGAAAGAGAGUCUGAGAUGUUUCAUGGACCGGUUCAACAGGAUUGCCAUGGAGAUCGGUGAUCUCAACCCAGCCGUGGCGCUGGACCGGUUGAGCACUGCCCUCAGGCCGGGACCAUUCGUCAAUAGCUUAUGCAAAAAGCCACCUGUGGACAUGAAUGAUCUCCGACGCCGAGCUGAAAAAUACAUGCAAAUGGAAGAGUUGGCCGAAACAAGAAAUCAAGCUAGAGCCGAGGAGAAUUACAACCGGAAGGAAUCUAGCCGGGAACCAACAAAAAAGAUCAAUGCCGACCCCUCAAAUUCCCGCCCCCCGAGAGGACCUCGUUACACAACGUACACUCCCCUCAAUGCUAGCAGGGCUAAGGUAUUGGAGCAAGCCCUCUCGUCAGAAAUCUUGAUAAUUCCGAAAAGAGCGAACACGCCCCCAAGGGCGGACAAGGCGAAAGCAUGCCGAUUCCACCAAAACCGGGGGCACUUGACGGAAGAAUGCUCGGCGCUAAAGGACAAGCUUGAGGACCUUAUCAAGCAAGGGCACCUGAAGAACUUUGUCUCACCGCAAGACCACCGACCAAGAGGGAGAGAUGAAGAAUACAGUCGGCGAACGUCACCACCAAGGGAUCGACGUCACAGGUCCCGUUCGGCCGAAAGGAAGGACCAUUCACGAAAUUCAAGAGAAGACAACACUCGGCCGAGAAAGAUAAUAAACACGAUCGCCGGGGGUUUCGCCGGAGGAGGCUCCACCUCUUCGGCUAGAAAGCGGCACCUCCGGGCAGUCCGAGAUGUAAAUACCGUGAACCAACAGAAAGCACCGAGGAUGCCGACCAUCACAUUCUCGGACCGAGACUUUCGUGGUGUCGACCCCAUCCAAGACGACCCUAUGGUGAUUUCAGUCGAGAUGCACAACUGCAUCGUGAAGAAAACCCUGGUCGACCAAGGGAGCUCCGCCGACAUCUUGUACUGGAAUACUUUUGUGCAGCUAGGGAUUCCCGAGGAGAGCUUAGAGCCAUAUCACGAACCCCUUGUCGGUUUUUCUGGCGGAAGAGUGAUGACGAGAGGGUGCAUCGACCUGUAUACCCGUUUCGGGUUCGACCAAAAGACUUCCCGAGAGAUCAAGAUCCGAUACAUCGUGGUACACGCCAACACGUCGUACAAUGUUCUACUGGGCGUUAUUUUUCUAGGGUUUGUGGUAAGCAAAAAUGGGGUUCAUGUCGACCCCGAGAAAAUCAAAGUCAUCCAAGAAUGGCGUAUUCCUACUAAUCUUCACCUCUCAAUGAGUUGGUGA